GUGCACGCGCACUGUGCUGGGAGGCUGCCGGUGGAUCUGCUGGAGGACACGAUGGGAUAAUCACGCGUGUCUGGCUCCGGGCGUCGAUGCAGCUGCUGGACCAGGACUGGACUCGGGACGCAGGGUGGGUCUAGUUCACGGACGGGAGGCGUCUUGGAUCUCGCGCUGAUGCUCUGGAACAAUCCGGGAAAGACGCGGUUCGUUGGGCGUGAGGGGACUUGGUGCAGAUCUUUGACGAGACAUCGACCCUAAUGGAGGACAGGAUCCACCGGCGUUACUGAAAUAACUUGGAGGAAAUCCACUUUGAAUGGUCGGCAAAUCGGGAUCUAGCUAGAACGACUUUCCACGGGUGGGAGCGGUGGAUGGCGAGGGCGCAGUGAGGGCUCAGACCGGCUCGGACGAAGGGAGGACUGGGGCGGUGUGAGGCGGCUCCAUGAGCGGCACCUGCCGGGACCAGAGCGCCCAGAGCCCCGCCGGAGCGUCCCUACCACGGCGGCCAGUUUGGAAGUUUUGAUGCAUAUGAUCACAACCACCAUGAUUUUUAUGAUUCUUGGUGCUUCAGUUGUAAUGGCGAUCGCCUGUUUAAUGGACAUGAACGCACUACUGGAUCGCUUUCACAACUACAUCUUACCGCAUCUGAGAGGGGAGGACCGGGUCUGCCACUGCAACUGUGGAAGGCAUCAUGUCCACUACGUGAUCCCGUACGAUGGCGACCAUUCCCUGGUGGACUCGUCAGAGAACUACUUUGUGAGUGACAGUGUGACCAAGCAGGAGAUGGACUUGAUGCUGGGCCUGCUGCUGGGCUUCUGCAUCAGCUGGUUGCUGCUGUGGCUGGAUGGAGUGCUACACUGUGCUGUCAGGGCCUGGAGGUCAAGCCGCUACUACGACACUCCGUCCUGGUCCUGGCUGCCUCAGUUCUGCAACUUCCGAGAGCUGCGUCGCCGAGCCCAGCUCAGACAGCUGGACGACUCCAGCGGCAACAUGGUGCACAUCAAGCAGAAGCUGUACCACAACGGCCACCCCAGCCCUCGCCACCUCUGACUCCCCCAAACUCUCCCCCUCGUCCCAAGUUUCUCCUCAAACCUGUGCCAAAAUCUGGUUGCUGCAGUUGUUGCCUCAGAGACCCUGAAAACUGCCCUCUAAAACCACACGACUGGAGUUUCUUAUGUCACAACUUGGCCACCAUUACCACUGGAAACAAAAGAAGAAAAAAAAAAUCCCGAAAAUCAAUGAUUUGUCGCCACUGUCGUAUGUCUGCCGUCGUGGGAGGAAGAAGCGAAACAUUUUUAAGGUUGUUUUUUUCUGUAUAGAGACAUUUUCUGUGUUCAUUGUUCAACUUGGCAUGCUCUUUUAGAACAGGGUACAAUGUGGGCUGAGUGUUGACGGCAAGGAGGGGUCUUUUUGUUUUUUUUGCUUUUUCCUCGUUCGGGUGGGUCUGUGCGGGGAGGGGGUGAAUGCGACUGCAGGGUGGGUGGUUUUUUUGUGAUGGUUAGAAUGCUGCUUCUGUAAAUAGUUAUACAUAGUUGGAGGAUUUUUGUGAGUAAUAAAGAGGAAGGCUUGUGUAGGAAUGGAUCAGUGCGACGUUUUAAAACUGGAUGUGAUGUGAUUUCUGCUCAAAACACAAAUUAGCUUUGUUACUUAGUGGAUUAACUGAAUGUAUUAAUUUUACCUGUAAAUAUGUGAGGGUGAGGGGGAGCAGCAGGGGUGUGAGCGCUUCUCUUUGCCACGUUUGGAGACACAGGAGGAGGGACGCAGGAGCCACACGCCAGCCGGGAUGAGUCAGUUCGACGCCGUCCAUCUUCCACACACUGAGCUCAACAGCAGAGUUCAAUUUGCUUUAUCCAAUUCCCUCUCACUUAUCAGGAGCAACCAGCCUAUCGGCGGAGAGAACGCCCGCCCACCCCCCCCUCACCCUCUCUGUCCAGACAUUGCUGUUGUGAGGAUGAAAUGUCUGUUUUAUUAAAUGUGCCAUUGAAGCACAACAGUGA